UUUUCACACCCAACUGAGCCAAGCAGAGCAGAGUAGCCAAAACCCCGAGUUUCACAAAUCUCUCUCUCUCUCUCUAUAGCUCUAAUCAGGGCAAAGAAAUAGGAUAUGGGAGAAGGAAAGGGCUCGAGUCUGGUUCAUCUUCUGGUCGUGGUCCUCAGCUUGGUCGCCUUCGGUUUCGCCAUUGCCGCCGAGAGACGACGGAGCGUUGGUCAUAUAUUCAAUGAUGAACGUACAAAUUCAUCCUACUGUGUGUAUAACUCAGAUGUUGCUACUGGUUAUGGAGUGGGAGGCUUUUUGUUUCUUCUUUCAAGUGAAUCUUUACUUAUGGGAGUGACAAAAUGCAUGUGUUUUGGAAGACCCUUGGCUCCUGGCAGUCAUCGAGCUUGGUCGAUCAUCUAUUUUGUGUCAUCAUGGACAACUUUUCUGAUAGCAGAAGCAUGUCUGAUUGCCGGUGCGACAAAGAAUGCAUAUCACACGAAGUACCGGGAGAUGAUCUAUGCUCAGAACUUCUCCUGUGAAUCGUUACGGAAGGGUGUUUUUAUUACUGGAGCAAUAUUUGUGGUUGCAACCAUGAUUCUAAACGUGUACUACUACAUGUACUUCAACAAGGCGACUACUACUCAGGCAGCUCAGAAGACAAAUCGUCAAAGCUCAAAUAUUGGGAUGGCUGGGUAUGCAUAGAAAGAAUUCAAUUGGGUAAUGUCAUAGAUGGCUACCAAGUUUUGCACUAGAUGUUACUCAGGGUUCGAAAUGCCUUUUCUUAUGUGUAUGACUUGAACUUCAGCUAUAAUUGGAUUCCGUUUAUGUAGUUACAUAUACGUGCUAUAACGACUGCUUGCAAAGACGACAUGCAAAGUCAUAUCAUAUUAUAAGAGAGGGUUUUUGUCAUCUGGUAGGCUGGUACUUUGUAUUUUAGUUUAGGAUUAAAAAGAUAGCUCACUAUUGGAUAACAUUAAAAUGGCAUCCUGCCGUUUGUGAAUUACUGUUGGAGGACCUCCGCUUCUUUACGGGGACAGUUCCUUUUGCCCUUUUAAUGACUUAUU